AAUGGCAGUUGGAGGAUCAAAACUGCUUAGAAUAAAACUAGACAAGAAGGUAGAGAGAAAGCAAAUUUUCGAAUUUAUGAGCGGAAGUGAAAAAAUAAGAGAUCCCCAAAUUGAGGAACAGUACUCAAGAGAGGAAGUCGAUAGAUUAAUUGAACUUACUAAUCGUUUAGAAAAUGAAAGAGAUUUUUAUAAAAGAGAAUAUUUGAAGUUGGCGCCAUCGACAGAAACAACAACAUCCCCGACAAUAUAUCAUCCAACUUUUGGAAAGACUUUAAUAAUCAAUCAAGCUAAUACUCAUACAAUGCGUUACUUGAAAAUGCAAUUGCAAAGUGCUCAAAAUGAUCAAAAAAUGCCGAUCUCAGUCCAUAUUUAA